GCCACGUCGGUGGGUGCAUUGAGCAUUGUAUUCCAUUGUAUGCACGACACAAAGUGGUGGGACGUUUUGAAGUGUUACCAUGGAAACGGGGAGCCAUGUUAAGCCUAAUGCGUGCGUCGAAAAGAGCAACUAUUCAAACGAGCCACAUCUGGAUGCAAGCCAGAACAAAACAUUUCUUACUGACCAGCACGAAACGUGCAUUGACGGCUGUACAACAACGGUGAUUCCACCAGCAUGUCCAACCGCAAUGGGUUCAAGUGAUUGCACUUCUCACUGCGAUUUGUGCAAAGUCGAUGAGCUUCAAGUAGAAGCUGUUGGAUUUUGUAUCAACUGUACCGAUUUCCUGUGUCGGAACUGUUUAUUAAACCACACCAAGAUAAAGGUAACGCGUUCUCACACAAUUUUACAAGGAGAAAACCUACCCACUGAUCCUGAACCAAUAAUAGCCGUGCGUAACCUAGUGAAAUGUGAUAUACAUCCUGAAUAUGAUAUUAAAUUUGUAUGUGCUGAACAUUCGACCACUAUCUGCGCAAUGUGCCUCACAGACCAACAUCGAAUGUGUACUUUUCAGAAAAUCAGUGAAUUAAAAGAAGAUUAUCGAAGGAAAGAAGCGACGGUAAAAGCCAACCUACUAGACGUUCAUCAACGCAUAAAGGAGUUUAAAUUAAACCGAGAAAAAUAUAUCGGUAUAAUUGAAGCUCAGCAAAAGCAAGUUAUUUCGGAAGCACAAGGCAUUGCACAACAGCUAAUUGAAAAGAUUGUAACACUCACUACAAAAGUGGAAGAUACUGUAAACGGACACUUGGAUAAAGAAACCACUACCACCAAAGAAAGUUUACGCGAUGCAGAUAAUUUGUUACAAGAAGUUAAACACAUCACAGAUUUAUUUGAAGCGGCCCAGAAGUAUGGCGGUUUAGAUGAGUGCAUUCUUGCUUCACGUCAUAUUGAUCAUAAGGUCAAGGAAAUCUUUCGAAAAAUAAGUUUGUUGGAAAGUCACGAGGAUAAACACAUUUCGUUGGAGAAAAAUGUACAAUUAUAUAAGUUAGAUACUAUUUGUUAUGUAACGCUUUUAGGAACAAAACAGAAACCAGGGAAAGAAAAUGCGAGUGAUGAAGUCAUGGAACAGCUUCAAAUGAAUGAACGAGAUGACAGCAAACUUAACAUAACAACGAGCGAGUGCGGGACAUCCUGCGAUCUUUCUGUAUUGAUGUGUAAUAAGGAAGUACAAACCCUUGACACAGAUGCGCAAUCUACUUCAGAAGCGACGCUCGUAAAAUCGCCUGACCAGUCCAAUCCGCAUUUAUGUAAGAGACCAUUUAUCGAUCGGACUGUUUUAAAUGCAUUUACUUGUAAAAUAAGUACAGCAAACGAUUCGUUGAAUUGUUUUAUAACUGCUAUCGUUAUCCUUGAUAAUGGCAAGACGUUGAUAGCUGAUCGGAAUAACAAAAAGAUAAAACUUUUGUCAAACGACUUUGUUGUUUUGGAAGAAUAUUCUCUCUCUGGAUGUCCGAUCGAUAUGUGUGUUGCUGACCAAAGCGUUUACGUUUGUUGCUUAAAAGAAAAGAAAUUAUCGCGAUUUUUGAUUUUCGGGGAUGGAAGGUUGAUUCCAGCGAGCGGCUAUCUAUCUCGCUAUUGGCCUGUUGGCCUAUCUCCAUUUGAUGACAAAUUACUUAUUCUGUGUUUCAAGUUAGAUGGUUUGUUUGAUACAGUCAGAGGCGAAAGAGUUGUAGUUGAAAUAAGGAACAAAAGUAAACUCGACGCUUCUUUGACUGGACAAUAUAAUGAUGAUAGUGAUGAUCAUGACUACCUAGAAUACGCUAAACGGAUUUUGACUGUUGAUUCAAAUUCUAUCCUAGUGGCGGAGCAUGAACGCGUGUCUUGUUAUGGUAUAGACCAAGCCGAAGUUGAAAUUGGCAAGAGAAAAUGGUACUAUAAAAAUCAUGGCCAAACUAUUUUGAAAAAUGCUAGAGGUGUUUCUUUAGAUAAGGAAGGCAAUGCUUAUAUUUGUGGAGAAGCAUCAACUAAUGUCCACCAAGUACCAUGCAAUAACUAUCUUAAAGGCAAAAUUAUAAUUGAAAACAUAAACAAGCCGUUUUCCGUAUGCGUGGAUUCUGCGAAUGACAUAUUGAUAGUCGGUUGUUGUAACGAUAACUAUUUACAUGUGUUUAAUUUCCAAUGACUGUGUUAAAAUGAAAAGAGUAAUAUGUUAAGAGUUAUUAUGUAAAGAAUAAUAUUUUAAAUGAGUUGAACUCUCGAUGAACGCCAGUGUUAAAGUUUUGUAGUUAAACGAUAUCGUUUAUAAUUGUGACGUACCACGCUAUCUUGUGAUGAAAUUACAAUGGUUUUAGCGAAGAAACUCUGCGUUCUUCUUGUAUACCAACGUUACACAAUGCUUUGAUUUCAAAGCUCAUAUAUGACAGAUUGUAACUGUUUAUUACGGUUUUAUUUACUCUAAAUUAUUAAAAGCUUUUGCUUAUA